GUAGGAGCCCCGAGCCGUGGCUGCCGCGGGCGGUGGGCAGGCGGAGGGCAUCGCCGGACCACCAGCGCAGGUUGCCCGGGCCCUGGGGAGCCGCCCGCGGGCAAGCCGGGGAGCGCGGGAACUGCCGAGGGACGGCCCGUGGCGGGAAGGUACUUUCUUAUCCCGUAACUUCAGUGUCUUGAAAUCUGAGGAUUCCACCAAGAUAAUAUGAUAAGAACUUUCAGUGGUUUGGGGCCACAUCCUACUUAGGCUAAUGUGGGACUUUGCUUUCCUGAGAAACUAGUACAGCAGCACACACUGCUUGCUAAUUGGAUAGGCAGUCAUGCCAUCACUGCCUCAAGAUGGAGUUAUUCAGGGGUCCUCUCCCUUGGAUCUGAAUACAGAAUUACCUUAUCAAAGCACAAUGAAAAGGAAAGUCGGAAAGAAGAAAAAGAAGGGGAUCAUCACAGCAAAUGUUGCUGGGACGAAGUUUGAAAUUGUUCGUUUAGUAAUAGAUGAAAUGGGAUUUAUGAAAACUCCAGAUGAAGAUGAAACGAGUAACCUUAUAUGGUGUGACUCUGCUGUCCAGCAGGAGAAGAUUGCAGAGCUGCAGAACUAUCAGAGGAUCAACCAUUUUCCAGGAAUGGGGGAGAUCUGUAGGAAGGAUUUCUUAGCAAGAAAUAUGACCAAAAUGAUCAAGUCUCGGCCUCUGGAUUAUACCUUUAUUCCCCGAACAUGGAUCUUCCCUGCUGAAUAUACUCAGUUCCAGAACUAUGUGAAAGAAUUGAAGAAAAAACGGAAGCAGAAAACUUUUAUAGUAAAACCAGCUAAUGGUGCAAUGGGUCAUGGGAUAUCUUUAAUAAGAAAUGGUGACAAACUUCCAUCUCAGGAUCAUUUGAUUGUGCAAGAAUAUAUUGAAAAGCCUUUCCUAAUGGAAGGUUACAAGUUUGAUUUACGGAUAUAUAUUCUGAUAACAUCAUGUGAUCCAUUAAAAAUAUUUCUCUACCAUGAUGGGCUUGUACGCAUGGGGACAGAGAAGUAUAUCCCACCUAAUGAGUCCAAUUUGACCCAGUUAUACAUGCAUCUGACAAACUACUCCGUGAACAAGCAUAAUGAGCAUUUUGAACGGGAUGAAACCGAAAACAAAGGCAGCAAACGUUCCAUCAAAUGGUUUACAGAAUUCCUGCAAGCAAAUCAACACGACGUUGCUAAGUUUUGGAGUGAUAUUUCAGAAUUGGUGGUAAAGACUCUGAUUGUGGCAGAACCUCAUGUCCUGCAUGCGUAUCGAAUGUGCAGACCUGGCCAACCUCCAGGAAGUGAGAGUGUCUGCUUUGAAGUCCUGGGAUUUGAUAUUUUGUUGGAUAGAAAACUAAAGCCAUGGCUUCUGGAGAUUAACCGAGCCCCAAGCUUUGGAACUGAUCAGAAAAUAGACUAUGACGUAAAGAGAGGUGUGCUGCUGAACGCUCUGAAGCUGCUAAACAUCAGGACCAGUGAUAAAAGGAGAAACUUGGCUAAACAAAAAGCUGAGGCUCAAAGGAGGCUUUAUGGUCAAAAUUCCAUAAAAAGGCUCUUACCAGGUUCCUCAGACUGGGAACAGCAGAGACACCAGUUGGAGAGGCGGAAGGAGGAAUUGAAAGAAAGACUUGCGCAAGUACGAAAGCAGGUCUCAAGAGAAGAACAUGAAAAUCGCCAUAUGGGGAAUUAUAGACGGAUUUAUCCUCCUGAUGAUAAAAUACUGCUUGAAAAGUAUGAAAACUUGUUGGCUGCUGCCUUCCAGACCUUUCUUUCAGGAAGAGCAGCUUCCUUCCAGAGAGAACUAAAUAAUCCUUUGAAAAGGAUGAAGGAGGAAGACAUUUUGGAUCUUCUGGAACAAUGUGAAAUUGAUGAUGAAAAGUUGAUGGGAAAAACUACCAAGCCUCGAGGACCAAAGCCGCUGUGUUCUAUGCCCGAGAGCACUGAAAUAAUGAAAAGACAGAAGCACCACAGCAGUGACAGCAGUUAUGAAAGUAGCAGCAGCUCUUCAGAAUCUGAUGAAAAUGAAAAAGAAGAGUAUGAAAAUAAAAAAGGAGACAAACAAGUUACAUAUAAUCUUAAACCCUCCAACCAAUGCAAAUUGAUUCAACAAUCCAAUUCCAUGAGGCGUUCCGUCAGCUGUCCUCGGUCCAUCUCUACGCAGUCACCUACCAGUGCGGACAGCCGCCCCUUUUCUGCUCAGCAAGUGAUAUCUGUAUCACGGCCAACUUCCGCAUCUAGGUCACAUUCCCUAAACCGUGCUUCCUCCUACAUGAAGCAUCUGUCACACAGUGAUGAUGCCAGCUCCACCAGUUCUCAGGUGAGUGAGUCUUUGCAGCGACUGAAAACAAAAGAACAAGAAGAUGAUUUAACAAGUCAGACCUUAAUUGUUCUCAAGGAUAUGAAGAUUCGGUUUCCAGGAAAAUCAGAUGCAGAAUCAGAACUUCUGAUAGAAGAUAUCAUCGAUAACUGGAAGUAUCAUAAAACAAAAGUGGCUUCAUAUUGGCUUAUAAAAUUGGACUCUGUUAAACAACGAAAAGCAGAGUUAUGGAGAUGCAGAGGCAGACAAAGAGAGAAAGAUCUUCUUCCGGUGGUUCACUCCCCAAGUGGCCGCAACAGCCGGAGCUGGGCUGAUCCGAAGCCAGGAGCCACCAGCUUCUUUCAGGUUUUGGACAUAGUAAAAACAAGUGUUCGUACAGUUCUUCCACGCAUCUGGAAGGUCCCUGAUGUUGAGGAAGUAAAUUUAUAUCGGAUUUUCAACCGGGUUUUUAAUCGCUUACUCUGGAGUCAUGGCCAAGGACUGUGGAAUUGUUUCUGUGAUUCAGGAUCCUCUUGGGAGAGUAUAUUCAGUAAAAGCCCGGAGGUGGUGACUCCUUUGCAGCUCCAGUGCUGCCAGCGCCUGGUAGAGCUUUGUAAACAGUGCCUGCUAGUGGUUUACAAAUAUGCAAGUGACACAAGAGGAUCACUCUCAGGCUUUGCUCCUGACUGGGGUCAUUCCAGGUAUUUACUGCCAGGAAGUACCCAGUUCUUCAUGAGAACACCAACUUUCAACAUGAAAUACAAUUCACCUGGAAUGACUCGCUCCAAUGUUUUGUUUACAUCCCGAUAUGGCCAUUUGUGAAACAGAAGGGAAGAUCGCCAUGGGUUAUGCAUAAUAGUAAUUCAUUUUUUUCCCUCAAGUGGAACAUGCAAAGAAAGUGACCAUUAAGUGCUGUUUUAUGUAUAUAUGACUUAAAUAUGUGUGAAAAUAUAUACACAUGCACUCAAAUAACAUAUAUAUUUAUUAUAAUAUUUGAAAGAAGAAUUAGCAGAAAAUUGAAGACUUAACCUUUCUGGAAAUAUAAUAAACCAUGUUAAAUUUGUUUACACAAAUAUGUGAAUGUCUAGAAUUUGCUAGGUUUAUAAUUAAUUCCUUCCUACUAGAAAUGUUAUUUUUGCUGCAGAGUAUAUAAAACAGAAUUAAUCUUGAAUAUCCCAUUACAGUGUUAAAUUAUUUUCUAGAUAACACAGCUUUUAACUUGAAAAAGCAUUAAUAGCAUAAUACCUUAUUAAUACUCCUAUAUGUAGUAGCCAUUUAAAAUGAACCAAAAAAGAUUUAGAAACCUGAUGUUGCUUGAUGAUAGAAUUAAGUAUAAAACGGGUUUAUCAUUACAAUAGCACAUUAUAAACUACUGGAAACAUCUUAACCUGAUUUUCCAAUAUUUUUAUUCCCCUAAGUAGAAAUUUAACUGCUUGUAAUAAUAGACAUUUUCAGUAAGGAUCUGGUAAGAUCAUUAUGAUUCAAGUGGAAGACAAUCUGGUGGGUUAAAAAUAAAAAUGUAAACCAGCUUUUAUUUUUACUUUUCAUAGGGAAUCACAUAAAGGAAUAGAAAAUGAUGGCAAUGAUAAAAAUCUUUCUGUACGAUUUUUGUAUCUCAUACCACUAAUUUUUAUUUGGAAGUUAUAUCUUUGAUGGGUUUAACAUGUGGUUAAAUAAAUUUUUUCUGUUCUACAUAAAUAGAAGAGCUGACAUUUCAAACUCAUUUUGGUAUUAUAGGAUAAUGUGUCACUUAUUUUAUAAGUCUCUCAAGAAUGAGACCAACUUACAUUGUGAAGUCUAAUACAGUAGUUUCUUAUUACACCAUAUAUAGUCAAUAGUUUUGACUAGAAGAUUCCAGUUACCACAUAAUUAAUAUACCCUUGAGGGUUUUGUAAAAAAUCAAUAAGAUUAUAAACUUUUCUUCCUGUCAAAAGUUAUUAUGCAUAAGUUUCAUAGCAAUUUACUUCCUUAUUUUGCUUACAGUUUCAAAAACAAUGAGUGAGCUUUCAAUUUUCCAUAAAAAUAUAAAAAGCAAUGCUUUGACAAUGAUACCCCCCAGAAAGUAUAUUAUUUACCCUUUAGAAAUUUAUUUAAACUCCUUCCCUGAAUAAUUUUAUUUUCUCAUAAAUGCUAAUUGUUUGCAAAAUUAUGACUGUUUCACCUUUUUUUUUUUUUUUUUUUUACUAUCCUCAAUACUAUUUUCAGUAAAUCAGGGAAUGUCUCCAAGGCACAAAGAGAACAGAGAGGGGCAAACUGGCUGGGUCUAACACAAACUGGAUGGACAGCAAAGCUGUUAGACAUGUUUUCUUUUAAAAUAACCUUGUGAGGCUGUAUUAGACUGAAAUAACUCGUUUCUCUCCUAAGUUAUUGCUAGUUACCAGAUUCUUAUGACUACCUUAGAUCCAAGUUUCAGUGGAUGUUCUUCCUUGCUGGAAGCUUCCUGAAGAAGCUGCAGUGGUCUUUGUGGAAGAGGAGGAUAAGGGUGUCAGGAGGGAGCAGUUCACAGGGUAGUGUUCAUGAUUUCAUUUUGAGAACUCUUAACUAUGUCAUAGAUUUCUUAGAAAAAACAAUGCGGAAUUUGAAAUAUUACAAAAUCACCAUAAGAAUGAUCAACAAGUAAGUCUUUCAUGGAGUGUUUUUUUUGUCAAUUUUCUUUUUUUUCUUUAUUUGAUAUAAUUAGACAGUGAAAUAGAAAGAGAAAGGUCUUCCUUUUUCCGUUGGUUCACCCCCCGAAUGACUGCUACGGCCAGAGCUACUGGCCGACCCAAAGCCAGGAGCCAGGUGCUUCCUCCUGGUCUCCCAUGUGGGUGCAGGAGCUCAAGCACUUGGGCCAUUUUCUACUGUUUUCCUGGGCCACAGCAGAGAGCUGGACUGGAGGAGGAGCAACCGGGACUAGAACCCGAUGCCCAUAUGGGAUGCUACUGCUGCAGGCAGAAGAUUAACCAAGAGAGCCAUGGCGCCACCCCCAUCAAUUUUCUUUUAAAUUCAUCAUUUGGCAAUGAAAGAGAAAUGACUCGAAGUGUCUGAUAUAUGAUUAGCUAACUCACAAAUGGCUAGUUAAUUUGCUAGAAUGUAUGCUGGAACUUCCAUCCUUAUUGUACAAGAGUAAAAAUUUCAUUUAAAACAAAAAUUAAGAAUACCCAAUUUUGAGAGGAACCCUCUCCUCCCCAGAAACACACACACACACACACACACACUUUAAAAAUGAAGAGUAAAUUUAGAUUAUGGAACUGCCCAACUAAUUCAUGAACAGAUGCAAUUUAUAUAGCUAUUUAAGGGUCUGUCCUUAUUUUGAGCACUAGAAUUUUAUUGUUCACAUUAACCUAUUUAUACCAAUGCGGUUUGAUAUGGUGAAUUUGUGAAUAAAAGCCAUGUGCUCAUUAUUUAUAUAUACUACCUGGUGUGCUUUGGACCAUGGCUGCUGUAGUGCUACUCCCUAAUGAGCAACUAAGAAGAGAAGAUGCAAUAAACUAUGGAAGUCUCAAGAGGCCAUAGAAAAGUUUUAGGGGUAUGAAAUAUUCCUUUGUUUUUAUUAUAAACUUUUUAUUCAUAAGGUUAAAACAUAUCAAUAUAAGUAAUGGUACAGGCCUGACUUUCCCUUCUAGGAGAGAAAAUAGCUUUAUCUUAAAAACUGCAGAAGCUACUCAAUCUUAGCAGGGGGUUUUAAUAAGGGAUUUGAUUUAUUUACACUGAAAGCAUAUUUUCUUCCUGUUACAGAAAAACACAUGCUUGCUUAUUUGGUAAAUCUAAGUUUAGAAUGCUUUCUGGAACUGUAUGAGAUUGAUAUGAUUUCUAGAAUUGUCUAAGAAACCACCUUCUUAUUUUAAAUCAUCACCUACAAACAUAGUCUGAGAUUGCAAAUUAGUUUUCACGUGAAUAAUCCACUAUUAUAGGUUACAUACCAUUUGCUUUAUGGGAUGUGUGGAAGGAGCUAAUUGGGGUUCAUACUUUAAUUUUACCAGAACAAAUUUUAUCUUACUAGCAUUUCACUUAUGUUGAAUAUAUAGAAAUGUAAUGUUACAGGAUCAAAUAUGGAAACGGCAGUGGUAACUCUGGUUAUUCAUAAAGUGCAAAGAUCUAUAAAAAUUUUAUCAUAUGCCUAAAUUAAGACCAAAUAAACAAAAUCUUCCCACUAGAUUCUCUUCUCUUAAACUAAAUCCAAAUCAAAGCCGAACAAACAAAAAAACCCUGUCUCUUUUCAUCUAAUAUUUAUACACAACAAGGUAAUAGUGAUGUCUUGAACAUUAAGAAAGCAUUUUCAUUUUAAUUCUCAUUCUAAUUUGAAAGCAUGUGAGCACAUAAUUGUGUUAGAAUUUUCUUUUUUAAGAUUUAUUUAUUUACUUGAAAGGCAGAUUUACAGAGAGAAAGGAGAGACAAAGGGAUCUGUCAUGCACUGGUUAACUCCCCAAAUAGCUGCAACAGCCCAGGAUGGGCCAGGCUGGAGCCAGGAGCCAGGAGUUUCUUCCAGGUCUCCUAAAUGGAUGCAGGGGCCCAACCACUUGGGCCAUCCCUCACUGCUGUCCCAGGCGCAUUAGCUGGAAGCUGGAUCAGAAGUGGAGCAGCCAGGACUCGAACCGGCAUCCAUAAGGGAUGCUGGCACUGCAGACAAUAGCUUAACCUGCUGUGCCACAGCAUUGGCUCCUAUUAUUGAAUUAAAAUUUCAGAUAUUUUAUUAUAAAUGAACCCAAAUAUUUUCUCCUGUAGCAUGUCAUUCUGUUUAAAAGUUCUGAUCUUUUCAAAAGUACCAAAAAUUGCAUACAAAAAUACCAUUAUUCGAUUUUCUGUAAAGUGCUGUUUCAUUCUUAAAGUAUAAUCUUUAAAAAAUAAUAGCAAUUAUCUCACAAAUGAUAGAAAAUAUAAUACUUUCUAUUCUAUAAUGCUAAUUUACACUUUGAAUAUUUUACUUCUAAGGGUUUAAAUAAAAAGUUUAACUGUAUAAUUGUGUUCCUAUAACUUGAUGAUUCCUUAAAUAUUUUACUUUCCCCUUAAAUUGAAAAAUUUGAAAUUUUAAAAUCCUUAUUAUUUAAAUAUGUUGAGCUAAUGUUGUCUUACAAAUAAAUGAAAUAUUUAGAAACAUUCAUGAUGAAAAUUUUAUUUCUUAGUAUUUUCUUUCUUUCUUUAUCCUGUUUUGCAAUCUCUAAGUUACCUUUGAUGCUUUGACCUUUACAUGCACUAAAUCAAGAAAAAGGAAAUCCUGCCUUUCACACUGGUUUUUUCUUAUAUUUUAUGGUGGUAUGUUUUUGCCUCAGCAACAAUAAAGCUUAGAUAAAAUACACUAUUGAAUCAAGUUCAGGUUUUUAGCUGACAUCUUUAAGAAUCAGGUAUAAAGUCUUUAUGCCUAAAAAUAAGCAUUAAUUGUCUGAAUCCAUAUAAUGCAAGACACCGACUACAAAUAACAAUGUUGUAACCAAAAAUUGGUAUAUUAAGACUUAUUUCACACUAUCAGAAUGCCACCCUUUUUUGGUGCCCUUUUUUUUUUUUUUUUUUUGGCUUCAUCAUAAAUGGGUAAAGGAAAAUGUUGAAGGAAAAUAAAUCAGGUAACAUAUUCUGCAUGAACUGGACUAUAUUAUCUAAGAAAAGCUACAUAAAGCUUUUAUUUUGUCCCUACCUAUUAACUUGAAAGCUGUUGGUAAAGGCAUUUUUCAAUAGACUAUUAAAUUAGUAAGAAGGUUUACAUUACAAAAGUAAUCAAAUGAUGCUGAUAUUUCUUUUUCAAAGCCUAACAACGAUUCUUGGUCCUGAGCUGUUCAAUUCAUACAAUAACCACUUUACAUGCUACAACAUUUGAAUAUUAAUGCAUUUGCUAAAGAUUCUGAAUUUGAAGAUUAGCUUGAAAGCAAUACAUUUGGUAAUAUGAAUCAUGAUUCAAAUUAUCUCCAUGUGCUUUAUUACCUGUAUAUGAAUGCAAAUGUUGUUACAGAAAAUAUGCUUGAAAUGUCAACACAAUGUGCAAUUAGCAUUGCAUUGUCAUGCUCCAGCAUGUGCUAUCUGUAUGGCAAAGUUAUUUCAAUUACUCGGGUGUGUUAUUACAAUAAAAAAUGUUUAACAAAAGAA